CAACCCAGAGAGAGAGAGAGAAUAUCGUCUCUUUCAUCCACAAGUCCGAAAAUUUCAUGUUCUCAAAAGAAAAAAACUGGGAGAGAGAGGGGUCUAACAAAGAAACUAAGCUUUAAAUGCGAGUUGGUUGAUUUCCUCUCUCUUCUUAUCUCUUAAGCACAAAGCAUACGUACCCUUUCUCUCUUCUUUUUCUUUAAUUCCCUUGUAUAUAUAUAAGCUUUCUUCGUUCUAAAAUCCUGUACUUGUCGAUCACCCAUAACCCGUCUCAUUUUCCAACAAUCACCCAAAUCCAAGGGAAGUGAAAAAAGAAAAGAACAGAAAAAAGAAUGGAAUUUCAUGAAUAUCAAAGUCGUUUUUCGAGGCCUCCACCUUCCUUCUUUGGGGAUUUCCUUGAAAAGCUUAAAGAUUUUUGCAAUUUCGCCUUUUCCGCCAUUAUUGGCAACAUUUUCUAUGCGAUCUUAACCUUCUUCUUUGCAUUAGUGGGCACCCUGUUAGGUGCCAUGACGGGGGCUUUGAUAGGACAAGAGACCGAGAGUGGGUUCGUUCGAGGCGCCGCAGUUGGGGCUAUAUCUGGAGCUGUUUUAUCAAUCGAAGUUUUCGAAUCUUCUCUUGUUCUUUGGCAAUCAGAUGAAUCCGGGAUCGGAUGCUUGUUGUAUUUGAUUGAUGUCAUUGCAAGCCUUCUAAGUGGGAGGCUUGUCCGAGAACGAAUUGGUCCGGCGAUGCUGAGUGCAGUCCAAAGUCAGAUGGGAGCUUCUGAAACAGCUUUUGAGGAGGUUCAGAACAUCUUCGACACCGGUGGUGUUAAAGGAUUGGCUGGAGAUUUGGUUGAAAAAAUCCCGAAGAUCAUAAUCACUAAAAAUAACAAUGUCGAUGCUUCUGGGGAGAAAGUCUCCUGUACAGUUUGCCUUCAGGACUUUCAGCUCGGAGAAACGGUUAGGAGCUUGCCGCAGUGCCAUCACAUGUUCCACCUUCCUUGCAUAGAUAAGUGGCUUGUUAGUCAUGCUUCUUGUCCAUUAUGCAGAAGGGAUCUGUAAUGUUAAUUUUUGUAAAUUAUACCAUUAGAUGAGUUCUUUAUGUUUUUUGUUUAUACUGCUGUUACUUACCUGGGCUGCUUGUAUUUAUUCAUCGAAUCAAAUGCUUUGCCUACUCUGUCUGCCUACGUUAUAUCGCAGAAUCAAACAUUGUAAUUCAAUUAGCCCUUUGUAUAAAGCUUUUGAUUUACACUUUUUCAAA